UCUUCUCUCUCCUCCUGGAAUUCCAGCGAUAGCUCUCCUUGUCGGUGGUCCGGCGUCUCCUGCGCUGGAGAUUUCUCGUCUGUUACUUCCGUCGAUCUCUCCAGCUUCAAUCUCGCCGGACCUUUCCCUUCCGGCAUUUGUCGUCUCUCUAGUCUGUCCUAUCUCAGCUUGUACAAUAACUCCAUCGACACCACGCUUCCGCUCGACAUCGGAGCUUGUAAGAGUCUCCGCACUCUCGAUCUCUCCCAGAAUCUCCUUACCGGUGAGAUUCCACAUACCCUCGCUGAUCUCCCCGUCUUGACGUCCCUUGAUUUGACCGGAAACAACUUUUCCGGCGACAUUCCGGCGAGUUUCGGCCGGUUUGAAAAGCUGGAGGUUCUUUCUCUGGUCUACAAUCUCUUGGACGGGACGAUUCCGCCGUUUCUAGGAAACAUCAGCUCGCUGAAGAUGCUGAACCUUUCGUACAACCCGUUUAGUCCGAGUCGGAUCCCGCCGGAGCUCGGAAACCUGACGAACCUCGAGGUUAUGUGGCUCACCGAGUGCCAUUUAGUCGGCCAGAUCCCUGACUCACUGGGUCAACUCAGCCGACUCGUUGAUUUAGACCUUGCGCUCAACGACCUGGUGGGACCUAUCCCUCGUUCACUCGGCGGCUUGACCAGCGUCGUCCAGAUUGAGCUAUACAACAACUCGUUGACCGGAGUAAUCCCGCCGGAGCUCGGAAAUUUGAAAUCCCUGAGACUUCUCGACGCUUCGAUGAAUCAGUUAACCGGGUCGAUACCGGAUGAGCUCUGCCGCGUCCCAUUGGAGAGUUUGAAUCUCUACGAGAACAAUCUAGAAGGUGAGGUUCCUCCGAGCAUAGCUCUAUCUCCGAAUUUGUACGAGCUCAGGAUCUUCGGAAACCGCUUCACCGGAGAAUUACCCAGUGACCUCGGCCGAAACUCGCCGCUGAAAUGGCUGGAUGUUUCGGAAAACGAAUUCACAGGCGAAUUGCCGGCGGAUCUGUGCGCGAAAGGGGAGCUAGAGGAGCUGCUGAUUAUUCACAACUCCUUCUCCGGCGCUAUACCGGAGAGCCUUGGCGAUUGCCGGAGCUUAACCCGUGUCCGGCUAGCGUACAACCGGUUUUCCGGUCAAGUUCCUACCGGUUUCUGGGGACUGCCUCACGUUUACUUGCUUGAGCUAAUCAACAACUCGUUCUCCGGUGAAAUCUCAAAGACCAUAGGAGGCGCAUCAAACCUCUCGCAGCUGAUUCUCACCAACAAUGAGUUCACCGGAACUUUGCCGGAGGAAAUUGGGUCUCUGCACAAUCUUAAUCAGUUGUCGGCAAGCGGAAACAAGUUCAGUGGCUCCUUGCCUGAUAGCUUGAUGAAUCUCGGGGAACUAGGUACUCUUGAUCUACACGGAAACCGGUUCUCAGGGGAGUUAUCUCCUAAAAUCAAAUCAUGGAAGAAGCUAAACGAGUUAAACCUCGCCGAUAACCAAUUCUCCGGCAGAAUCCCAGAUGAAAUCGGAAGUUUAUCAGUCUUGAACUAUCUUGAUCUCUCUGGUAACCUCUUCACCGGCAAAAUCCCGGUUUCCUUGCAGAGUCUGAAGCUAAACCAGCUGAAUCUGUCGAGUAACCAGUUAUCCGGCGACUUACCACCUUCUCUAGCAAAGGAAAUGUACAAGAACAGCUUUCUCGGGAACCCAGGAUUGUGCGGGGAUAUAAAAGGAUUGUGUGGCUCAGAGAAUGAAGCUAAGAACAAAGGCUAUGUAUGGCUUCUCAGAUCGAUCUUCAUACUUGCUGCUAUGGUGUUUGUUGCUGGCUCUGCUUGGUUCUACUUCAAGUACAGGACUUUCAAGAAAGCCAAAGCCAUGGAGAGAUCCAAGUGGACUCUAAUGUCCUUCCACAAACUCGGAUUCAGCGAGCACGAGAUUCUCGAAAGCUUGGAUGAAGACAACGUGAUCGGAGCCGGAGCUUCUGGUAAAGUCUACAAGGUCGUGCUCACAAACGGAGAAACCGUCGCCGUCAAGCGUUUAUGGACAGACUCUGUUAAAGAAACAGAAGACUGCGAUCCAGAGAAAGGCGGAGGCAGGCCCGGAGUCCAAGACGAGGCCUUUGAAGCUGAAGUCGAGACGUUGGGCAAGAUUAGGCAUAAGAACAUCGUGAAGCUGUGGUGUUGCUGCACCACGAGGGACUGCAAGCUCUUGGUCUACGAGUACAUGCCUAAUGGUAGCUUGGGAGAUUUGCUUCACAGCAGUAAAGGAGGGAUGUUGGGGUGGCAAACUAGCUAUUUUGUUUGUUUCCCCUCCAUUAACUUCAAACUACUUGCAGAGUACGCAUACACUCUCCGUGUGAACGAGAAGAGCGACAUCUACAGCUUCGGGGUGGUGAUACUUGAGAUAGUGACUAGGAAACGACCCGUUGCUCCGGAAUUGGGUGAGAAGGAUUUGGUGAAAUGGGUUUGCACGACGUUGGACCAGAAAGGCCUAGAGGAUGUGAUUGACCCGAAGCUUGACUCCUGUUUCAAAGAAGAGAUAAGCAAAAUACUCAACAUUGGGCUUCUCUGCACGAGUCCGUUGCCCAUUAACCGACCUUCCAUGAGACGUGUGGUUAAGAUGUUGCUGGAAAUUGGCGGUGGAGACGAUGAGAGCCAAAACAAGACGAGAACCGAUAAGGAUGGGAAGCUAACACCUUACUACUACAACGAGGAAACUUCAGAUCAGGGAAGUGUAGCUUGA